CAACAUAAGUACAUAUUUACAGUGAUAGUAGAGAGCUCCUCCUAUCAAGAAGCAACAAAAUGCCUGGUCCAGAAGUUCAUCACCUUUUCCAUCAUCCUAUUGCGGAUCACUCGUUCUCUGCCGAUAGACAGACAUUGGCUGUAGCACGCGACACCAGUGUCGAGCUCUACGGACGAGACGGUAAGGGAUUCAAGCUCAAGGACGAAUUGAAAGGUCAUGACAAGACCGUCACCAGUGUUGAUAUAGCUCCUAACAGUGGCAGAAUUGUAACAUGCUCCCAAGACCGCAAUGCUUUGGUUUGGGAACCAUCUCCCACUGGCUAUAAACCUACUCUCGUCCUUCUCCGAAUCAAUCGUGCGGCCACAUUUGUUCGAUGGUCCCCCUCCGAAACGAAGUUCGCCGUUGGAUCCGGUGCAAGGGUGAUUGCUAUCUGUUACUUUGAAGAGGAGAACGACUGGUGGGUUUCGAAACACAUCAAGAAGCCUAUCCGUAGCACCAUCACAACUGUCGCAUGGCACCCAAAUUCCGUUCUCCUAGCUGCCGGUUCUACCGAUGCCCAUGCGAGAGUAUUUUCGAGUUUCAUUAAGGGAGUUGAUGCUAGGCCAGAACCUGGAGUCUGGGGAGAACGUCUGCCGUUCAACACCGUCUGCGGAGAGUAUCUCAACAAUUCUGCUGGAUGGGUUCACGCAGUAUCGUUCUCACCGAGCGGAAAUGCUUUGGCCUUUGCUGCGCACGACAGCAGCAUCACAGUGGUAUACCCCAAUGGCGCAGACCAACCUCCAAAGGCUGUUGUCAGUGUCAGCACACAGCUUCUCCCCUUUAUGAGUUUGAUUUGGAAUGGCGAAGCCGAGAUCAUUGCGGCAGGCUAUGACUGUGAGGCAUUCCGAUUUGGUGGUAGCGAAGGAGGCUGGCAACUCACUGGUUCCCUGGAAUCAAAAGGGGGCCCGGUCAAGGAUGUUGGAGAGGAGAGUGCUUUCAAUAUGUUCAAGCAAAUGGACUUGAAAGGAAAAGUCAAGGAUGAUACACAAUUGACAACUGUGCAUCAAAACACCAUUAGCACUAUCCGCGUCUAUGAAGGUUCGGAAAGUGGUGUCAGUAAAUUCACUACGAGUGGUGUUGAUGGAAGAAUUGUUAUUUGGAACGCUUAGAAUAGAGUUGAAUAGAAGCACUGACGAGUUUCGCAACUUUGUGUACAAAGCCCCAGCAUGCAACGCGGUGGCUCUUUGCCGUUCCUUACUUUCCAUGCAGAAUAUAAUAUAUUACAAGACCUAUUUCAAUUAUCCCAGAGAACAGUCCAGCUAAGUAUAAUUCCUUCGAGAAUCACACCAUGUUUCGUUGUAAUUGUUGCCC